GGUCAGUGUCUUGCUGUGAGCGUGUCCGUACGGUGUCCGCGCGCCCGCGAUAAUAACACUGAUAUUAUUCGUACGCGUUCGCGCGUAUUUCCGAUUGUUUACGUCUUUGUUUUCGUCACGGGCGUUUUUAUACAAUUAUGCCGGUGUCGCCGUCCCGAACGGAAUACCUUAAGGCAUCCGUGUUUCCGCGGGCCGUCGCUGAGGGCGCGUUCGGACCGGACGCUCGUUUCGUGUCGUUCACCGUGGAGGACGGUCCCGGGGACACGGCCGGCGCCCAGUUCGCAUCGGACAUCGUGUUCGGAACGGUUACCGUGCAGACGAACGGCACGGCCACCGAACCGCCACGCCGUCACCCGGUGGUGAUUAAGUUCAAGAACGCCAAUCCCGUCAUGUCGGCCAUGAUGAACAUGCACCAAAAAUUCUAUAACGAGUACUUAUUCUACGCCCGGCUACUGCCGGAACUGGCCAGGCACGCGGCCCACCCGGCCGCCGCCCUGGCCCUGUUCCCGCGGUUAUUGUAUUCCAACGCUACGCUGGACGGGGCUGACGGCGAAGAACAGGUGAUCGUGAUCGCUAGCAUAUCGCCCGCCGGUUACCGGAUGACGGAUCAGCGGGUGUUCUUGGACGCCCAACACGUUCUGCUGGCCUUGCGCAAACUGGGCGCGUUGCACGGUCUGUCGUACGCGGCCAAAGCCAGUCCGGACGGCCGACGGGCCUUGUUGGAACUCACCGCCUCGCUGGCUGAAACCCAGUGGUUCGACGGUUAUUGGUACAAGAGUCCGCGGUUCUUACCAGGUAUGCGGCGUAACUUUUCUGUUCGAAUCUAACGAAUAUUUUUAAUUUUCCCGUUCCGUCUGGGGACAAAAACAAAACACUGAAAACACUGUUCUGACGACGACGACGAUAGCGGACAAAUAAAAAACAGAAUUUUUUUUUUUCUAUCACUUCUUGUAUUUGUAAAUAAGAAACACGAAUCGUUCAAAACGUUUAAACUAAGACGUAUAAAACCGUAUACAAUAUUUAUUUAGUAACUAUUUAAAUGGCGCAACGGUGAAACUAUAAUAAGUAUCUAGUUAUCUCGGUAGUUGGUAGAUCAAUUGUUCCCACUUCCUAUGAGUUAGUUUAAAUGUUUCAAACAAUUUAUUUUACUAUUAUAAAAUUGUCAUUUUUUUUUUUUUUAAUGAUGUUCUAGAGAGUAUAGAAAAUUUUUGAAAUUUUGAAGCUCAUAAUUCCGAACCGAUUUUAUACUACUACGCCUAAUUUACCGUUUAUUAGCUGCGCGGCAUUAUUGUAAAAUAAUUUAAAAUACUUCGGUUCGUCGAGUAUGUUUUUUUAUUUUUUUAAUUAUUUAAAUUGGAAUUUUAUUGAAAUUAUGUUAAUAAGCAUUUUUUCCGCACAGUUUAAACUGAUCCCCGCUAAAAUAUAAACGGAAAGGGUGGGGGAGAACGUUAUUCGAUAAACAUUUUUUUUUUUUUUUUUUUUUUUUUUUUUUUGUUUUCACGCACGUAUCACUCGAGGAAAUUCGAUUGUAUAAAAUAGCUUCGAAAACUAUUUAUGUUCAUGUUGUAGACAAAAUCUCGAGUGAGAAAAUCUCGCUCGUCCUUUUUAAACUCAAAUAUUUACACUUUUCGAGUAGGUACGCGCGCGAGUACUUGAGUGCAGCUCACGCACGUAUAAAAAUAAACGGUAAACAAUAGAAAAUUCCUUACCCCUGAUAAUUAUUAAAUGCCACCGUCUUGCAACAGCAUAAUAAUUAUCGGGAAGUUUAAGGAGAUAAAUUUGGCAAAAUAUGCUCACAACAAAAAUAAUCGGAAUGACAAGAAGAUAUUUUAAAUGUGCGAAAAAAAAAAAAAAUUAAAACAUUUGAUUUUGGCACCGGUUGGCGUCAUAUUUUGACAUUUAUCGAGCCGAAAAAAAUAGUUGAAAAAAAAAUAUAGGUAUUAUUAAUAUUUGCGAAGCCGAAUUGGAAAUAAAUGAAAUAUGUUUUAUAUAACGUACGUACCUGUUGAGCCGUUGUGUAGGGGAACGACCGAUAUUUUCUGUAGAUGUCCAAUUUCUAAUGACCCAAUCAACUCGUCAGACUCAUCAUAACUUAUCAUCUACCGGGUAUCCAAACGGACUUUAAUGUGUGUCCGAUAUUUGGAAAAAAAAACGCUUCGAGCUGUAAACGAUACACGUCCGAUUUUAACUGGCUCGAAUGUCUCUAACCGAAUAUUAUUAACCUUAUACCCGGGCACGGAUUCAGAGCAAAUAUUGGAGGGGGGAGACAACACAAAUACAUUUGAAGUAUAAUAUGUAUAUGAUACGUAAUGUAUAUUAUUUUCUCAUACGUAUCAGUGAUUGGACCAUAGUGAUAUCAGGACCAAUAGGAUUAUUAAAAAAAAAAAAAAAAAAUUCGGAGAAAUAAUUUGUAUGUCUGGGGCGCAAGGUCCAAAGGGGGGGGGGUCGGGCCCUCAGGUCCGCCCCUAACCUAUUGGAUCCAUCCUUGCGUAUACCCGCAGUAAUAUCAUACUGUUGUACCCGCAUGUGUGCGGUCCCAGUCCAACUAACGGGCGAUGUAGCAAAAUCUACCCCGCGGCAGAACUCGCUUGAUUUCGAUUUCAAUCACCUAUUGAGCCAAAAACACGAUACGGUUUUUUUCAUUAUUAUACUGAUAAUCAUUCCGUGUAUAACGUAUACUGAUAAUCAUUCCGUGUAUAACGUUCGUUACGCCGUUCAGAAAAAACGACCGAUCCGUCGGUUUUAAACGACUGUUUAAUAUUUUUCGAAAAAAAAAAGAAAAGAAAAAAAAACCCGGUGGCCUCUGGCCCUCUCGUUUUCGGUUUUAUAAAAGACAAACUGCUCUAAAACCGAAAUUGAACGAGUUCUACCGCGGUGUCUGCACGCCGUAGAUUUCGGUAUAUCGCCCGGUCAGUCGGAUUGAAAGAGCUCGGCUGGCCCGCGGCUGCCCCGCGCUCUCAACGGGCGACCGUUAAUUUUGUAAACGUGUUUUAUUAUAGAUCGAUAAUACCCCUCCCACCCGAUUACGAAAUGCGACAUUUUUCUUUGCUAUAAGAGAAAUGGCGUUUUACCUUUUCGGUAAAAAAAGGUAUCGGGCCGGCUGAAGGAACGGCCGAAAUCGUCAAUUUCCCCGAUAUAUAAUAAGUCCAUAAUAGUUCUCGGCGUACUUGCUUUUUGAUGAACAGGAAAAACUCGCUCGCUCUUUUGAUUUUAAAUCGAAAUAAACAAGAGUUCUUCGACUGCGCUAUAAUUGCCACGGUGAAUAAUGCGAAAUCCGUACUACACCAUCCAUUAAUUUUCUCUCUAUUUCUAAAUUAACGAUUUGUUUCGUUUUUUUUUUUUUUUUUUAUAAAUAGAUUAAUCUACGUACAUUUGCAAAGUAGGUCAUCUUUUAAGUGCCCUCUUUACCCCCCCCCCUCCAACCACUGAAUUUUAUUAAAUUUAAAAGGAUUUCGUAUGUCUAUCCGAUAUAAUACGCGUUGUUACGCGUGUCGACAUUUUUACAAAAAUAUUCUCUAUUCCCCAAUAGUCAGUCGGGAAGGAUUCUGUUAUUGAAAUCCAAAAGUGUAUAGACACUCGUGUAUACCGAGUACCUUAGCCGGGUACGUGGAGUACAUAUGGAAUAGGGGUGGACUGUUAAAAGUAAUGUAUUGAAAACAAAGCUUAAACGGUUCCGCCACAAUACGACCGAACGAGAAAACCUCCAAAACAAAAAUCCACGUCGCAUCGGAUCCUCCGAGACAAUCGUCGCCGGUUCGCGGAUAAAAUAAAUAGAUUAACAGCCUCACGAAAAUUAAAAGUUCCGAAAAUACAAUGCAUUAUGAUUGAUACAAUAUCGUACGUGCGUUAUAUAACGGAUCGUUUAGUGCCUACGCGAUAUUUCGAAAAAAAAAAAAAAAAACAAACAAACACAGACAAAUAUUAUCGUCGGAACGCAUUUGUUAUGUAAAUCGAGAAAAGGUCGAACGCGUUGCGAACGAGUGUCGACGCGAUAAUAAUAUCGCUAUCGUUUUCACGGUGUCCUCUUGAACCGAAAAAAAAAAAACACGCACAAAUACGAAUAAAAAUUAACGAUUUAUUAUUAUCGCCGUAAUUCGACGCCUCGCGGAUGGUCCGCGACGGUCGUGUACGUUUACGUAAUGCAUCGGAUUACCGGCCGAGUUCGACACGAUUAAUACUGCGCGCACCAGCGUUGGCCGGGGCGAUUUUUUUUUUUUUUUAAAGAAAAUCAUUACGCAAAACGUCGCUGCGACAAAAGUUUGAUAUUUAUCUAUACGGAUAUAUAUGUAUUGUUAUAAAGUUAUCUACUGUGUGUAAUACAACGCAAUCUGUAAAGUUUCGGGCGAGGGGAUCGGUAGGGAUAUAUUUAUAUGCAUGUAUAUAUAUGUGUAUACACCCGUGUAAUAAUUUAUACACCUGUGUUGUUAUAUAUACUGGGGGGGGAAAAAAAAAACAACAACAAACUUAGUUCCUUCUAAAAUAUUACCGAUAUCGCGAAAUCUGAUUAUAUUAUAUUAUUAUCGUCUUUUGUGCGAAACGAGUUCUGAAUAAAAGCCCGCGGGCUGCGGAAAAUGGUAAUGAGACAAUGAUAGAAAUGUCAUGACAUUGCAUUUUAUGUUGUAUGCGUUGUAGUAAAAUAUAGCGGCAGUAAAGCAACGGCGACGAUGGCGGCGGCGGCGGUAGACGAAUUUUCUCAAUUUCUCAUUUUAGCGAACGCGCGAGAUAAAUUUUACGUUACAAUAAGAUGAACGAUAAUCAUUAUUUAUAUAGCUCUGAAAACCCAUUUGUAUUGUGUUGUGCGUGUACACUCUCGUGUUGUGGAUGUAUACCGCAGUUCGUACGAGUCUAUGCGCGAGCACGCCGGGCCAGAGGAGCGCGAGACUUAAGUUUCCUGGCGGAGGGGGUCGAAGCAGCCGGAGCACGGCGCGUCGCGCGGACAAAUUUCGCGUCGAAAAUUGGUCGAAAUCCUACGCGGUGUAUUCAAAUUAAAACGGAAAAAAAAAACCUAGGUACCUCGGAAAAGCGGGACAGUGUGCGUGUGUGAUAAGGGGGGGGGAUAAAGAGAUUGAUUACUUAACCGCGGCAAUCGAACGUGUCAAUCGCGUUGUCACCGUCGAUUGAUUAAUGAACAUUAAAUCCAACUAUAUAGUGUAUAGGAAAAGUAUACGGGGAAAAAAAAAAAAAAAAAACCCGCGACCAGGUUUAAAGAAAAUAAUAAUUAUUUUUGUUCGGUUUUUAAUCAAAACCAAAUAGCGUUAUAAACAAUAUAAUAGCCGGCGCAUUGUCUUUCAACCCGUCUCCGAUGAUUGAAAACGCGUAUAAAAGUGUUGUGGCGAGUGGAAAACGGAUUCAACACAAAAAUAAAAUAAAACAAAAUACGGACAUUAAUAUGGUUAUUUGAAUGCUAUUUUUUCGUUUGAUUUUUUUUUAUUCCCAGCCGUAGCGAGAGAGUUAUCGGUUUUACUAAGAUGUUUAUUUUUCUUUCUUUCUUUAUUUCUUUCUUUGUUCUAGUCAGUGGACACGGUUUUUCCUAGUAUAAUUGCUCCGAUUUUUACGCGUAGCGCUUUUUCUGAAAGCUCAGGUUGUUUGUUUAGAUUGUACUUUAAAGAGGUUAUUUUUUCAAACUCGAUGCCGUUUUUUUGAAUAAAAGCAUUUAAGUGGGAAAAAAAAAACGUAGGAAAACGUACAAUUUCACGAUUUUGUUAUUUUAUAAAAACACGGACGACGUUUUCUACCGGAAAAAUGAUUGAAAAAAUAACAAGACACAUUUUUGAUUUGCUUUCUAACGGUAUUAUCGUCAAAAAUGUUGAGCCUUUUUUGAGCUUUUAAGGAAUUUUAAUUUUCGGGAGGUUUUUCGCUGUAAUUCGAUUAUAAAUUCACGUAGAAACUCGAAACUCGGUAAUAAUACUAAUAUUGGACUUACUUAGACGCGGUAAAAUUUCCAAAAUAAUAUCGGACGAUAUUUCUUUUAAUAAGCGUUUUGAAAUCGGAUUCAAACGUAAAUCGAAAAAAAUAAAUUACCACAAUUUAAAUUAUGUACUAUCGGACUGCGCUAGAAAUCGUCUUCCGUCAAGAAAUUGUAUGUCGUUGCUAACAGAUAUAAAUGAAAUAACCUCACGUAUCCUACAAUCGCAACUUCUCACCUACGACAGUGGCCGCUCCCAUCUCCAAUAUCGGCUCUUGUUUUUAUUAUUAUUCACAUUUUAGAACGUUAACAAUUCGGAUUCGGUUUUUAAAAUGUUCUUUUAAAAUUUCUACACGACGAAUUCUACCUAUGAAGCUUUGCGGUGUUUAGCAUUUUAUAGAUGCGUUUAUUUUGAAUUUCUCGCAAGCUUUGAAACAUUCUCAGUCACAUUUACAUAUAUAUUAUAUUGUUUUCGAUGGAAAUAAUGUGUAUAAUCUACAGUGCAUAAAACAUAAAACGUCGGACGAACCGCUCUUUAAAACGAUCAAUAACACCUAUAAUGUAUUAUAAAUUUAAAACCUACGCAACAAUAAUGCGAUCUAAUUAUGAAAAGUUGGCCUUUUUUCAAAUCAUUGGAAAAUCCGGAAGAAUCGUUCUAGAAGAAUUUCGAUUUUGGAUUUUCAAAUUCCGUUGAAAAUCCUAUUGAAAACAGUUUCGUGUUGGGAUCACGGUCGUAGACAAUUAGUAUUAUAUCCGACUUAGAAUGCUAUACAUAUUACAGACAUAAUUGACAUUUUAUUGAAAAUCGCUUAGUUAAAUGAAAAAAAUCGCUGAUUAAUAAUUGAAAAAUCUCCACCGUAAUCCUACUAUAUGUAUAGACAUUAUAUAUAUUAUAUUAUUUAUUAUUCAUCAACUAAAUAAAACAAUUGUACAAAUGAUAUAUAACAAGCGUAAUUACACUAGUGGUUUACUCGUUAAAGCCUGUGGCUGUGGUGUGAGUAGGGUUUAGAUAUGACGUAAUAACUAAAAUAUUACAUAAAUAUAGUUAAUACGUCAUGAACAAUACAUUUCGAUUAAAUUAUUUGUAACCUAUAAAUAAAAAUAUAACUAAAUAACAAAAUCUUGAAAUUGUAAUCCAUCAAUGUUAACGUUUAAAAUGUGAAUAGGUAUUACCAAAAGUAGAUAAAUUAAUUUUAUAUCAUGCACACAUUUUACAGAAAAUAAAUAACGUACCUGCAGACAUUGAAAUUACGACAUCGUUGCUACAUAAUAUGUAUAUGUUAACUACAUAAACGUUUUAUAGUUGCUGUAUAUAAUGUCAAUUACACGAAAUUUUUUUUGUUUUUGAAAAAUAAUUACUUUUUUUAUUUAUUAUUAUUUAAAAAAAAAAACAAACAUUCAUAUUCCCCGUUUUAUGUGAACACAUUAUCUAAGAACCGUUCGUCGGAUAUAAAUGACAGUAUUGUUAAUAUCCAAACGAUUGCUGAUGAGUAUAACAUAUUUAUAACCGCGGGGCGAUAGUUGGAAAGUGUCCUUCGCGUCUUUGAAAAAUCUAUCAAACGCGUUAAAAGUAAAAUCAGAUCAAAUCUAAUCGCAUAUAAUCUAUAUAAUCUCAUGUUAAACCCUUUAAACUGGCCAAUCAUCUCGGAUUGAUUAUGCCGCGGUUAAUGUCUUGCAGUUAAAAUGUCGACCGCGAGCGAUAACAAAAUCUCAUUUCUAGUUUCACCCCGGGGAUUUACAUUGACUGGCGUUUGAAUUAUCUUAACUGUAGAGAUCUGUAUCUAAAACGGUUUGAUUUCGGGCCUUCUCUGUUUCUGGAUUGAUCGUCGUUUUAAUGCGAUACAAUUUACGAAUUUCAAUAAUCGGGUGUUUAAAAAAUAUUUUACUCUAACUAAAAUAAUAUACAGAGAAAAAAAAAAUCACACGGCACCGGUAUCAAUGUAACAGUAGAUCGAAUUUAUCACGUAGAUAACGUAAUAUUAUAUUAUAUACAGCGUGGCGCUUUACCAGGAUUAUACAGGCACACUUAGUUGAUCUCGUUCGCCCGACGGUAAUAAAUUUUACCGGAAUCCGAUAAGCGAUAACGAUUGUCUUUAAAUUAUUUAUUGCAUAUGAUAAAGCGAUGUUGUAUAAAAAAAAAAAAAAAAAAAAAAAGAUGUCGGCGUUUUACCUUGGUUAAAUUAUUGAUAAUAUUGUUAUAUUCAUUUUAUGCGGCGUGUUCGUAUACACACACACACAGACACACACAUAUAUAUAUAUAUAUAUAAAUACACACGCAAAUUGCGUUUGAAGACGAAUUUAAUAAAUUACACACCCGUUGUUGUCAAAACCGAAUCACCAAUAAAUCACGACGGCUUUUAAAGCUCGACGGUAUUUUUUUUCUCCACCAUUCACCCGCAGUUGUAUGUGUAAAGGGCGACUGUAAAAUUGAAUUGUUAAUACUGCCGUUGGAUAACGAUUGUACAUAUUAUAAAACCGACACCAACCGCUCGUAAAUAUCGAAAAUUAAUUGUCGAAUCGACUGAACCGGUCGAGACCGCCCAGUAAUUCAUAAUAUUAUAUCACGUUCCCCCUCUCCCUCCCUAAAAAAACCUACCGAUUAUUAUUAUAAUUUCUUCUGUAUAAAAUUCCAAAAAAAACAAAUACCAAAAUGCGACGAUGGUUUAUCUAAAUCUGUUGCGCGCGUUCGUUUGUCGAACCGAAAUCGUGUAUACUAUAUUAAUAUUAUGACAGCUGGCGGAUGCCUUUGUCACGAUUGUACAUCCGAACGAAGAUUUCGAGUGAAAUUGAUUCAGGUUUUUGUACGCAAUCAUUUUAUAGCUACUCGGUCUGUUAAUGUAAUAAAUUUUAAAAUAUUUGCCUGACUUUCCGGCGUUUUUCAAGGAAAUUUUCUGUGUUCAAAUGGAUACACAGCGGUGAAGUCCAUUGGACACCUAGUAUACAGUAGGAUUUUUCUCGUGGGUCCACUAUAGAAAAUAAACAAUAAAUAAACGAAUUAGUCGAUUUCGUGACACAAUAUUAUUUUUCAUAUGCAUAGGAAAUACUCUUAAUGGGGUAUGUUUUUCGGGUAACUGGAGAAAGUCCGAAAAUUUAAGGGAAAUGUUCGGUCUAUAUUCUUGUGAAGUUUUUCAAGGGAGGAGAGGACACGCACUUGUUAUUAACUAAAACCUGCCCGUUCCCAAUAAACAAUAAAUAUUUAGACUUUCAAAUUCCGGGUCUUUUCCAAUCCAUAUUUAAAAAGGAUGAUAUUUUUAUAAAAACGUCGUUGUUACGUAUUACACUAAUAUUGAAUACACGUCGUGUGUGUCGUUACAAUAUUAUUAUACGACAUAAUAUCGAUGUCGGGAGAGUUUAUCGUCGUAAUUUUUUUACAUUGUCGGUUUUUUAUGUAUAUAUAUAUAUAAAAAAUAAUAAUAAUAAUACGACUCCGAUACGACAAGAACUACGUUUAUAUAAUCUAUUACGUUUUUGAAACAGUGUUGGCCAAAGCAUUUAUGAAUAACAAUAAUAACCCACGAUUAACCGAUGAUUAUAAUCGAGUAUACAAUUAUAGUCGAAUUCCGUAUGAUAUUAAGAAUGUAACAGUAUAAUAACACCGAUCAUUUUGACACGUUUCUAAUUUAUAAGGUUUUUUCAUAAUGACAAGAUGUCUGUAGAUCACAGCAGCUCACCGAGACACACUAACGACUGACGAUUAAAAAGUUACUAUUAAUUAAAAAAAAAAAAAAAAAAAAAACUUUACGUAAAAACCAUUUUUGUACUUUUAAUAUCGAAAAAUGAAGUAUUAUUUUGAGAAUUGAUUAUUGCAAACCGCCAACGAACGAUCGUUUUACAAAUGUCAUCGACAAAUUGUAUAACAGGUGAUUUAUCCCUACAACAAGGAUUCUUUUCUUCUGCGUACGUGAACGCAAUUUUGUUUAUUAACUGUUCGCUAGAAAUACAAAGGUGGCAAACGACCUUUUGACGGCUUCUCUUAAAUCGACAAAAUGCCAUUAUAAGUGAAAUAUUUAAUCACGAUAUUAUGCUUUGUAAAUCAUUAGUUAUUAUAUUAUUUACAAUAAUAUAUGUUUAUAUAAACUUCGGUUAAUCGUGGAAUAUUUUUUUCGGCUAGCAUUACAUGUUUUCGAUUCCGAACGUUGUUCUUAGCGAUGUUUUCUUGUGGAAAAAAAAACCGUUUAACGUCAAACUGUUGUGCGUUCCGACUAGUAGUGACCACCGUACGUGUUAAAAACGCACAAUAUUGUAUUGGUGUAUAUUUUUUUUGUUCGACCGACCAUUAAAAGUUAAUAUCCAUUAAAAGUUAAUGUAAUCACCGAAACGGGUUUGAAAAAUAGUUCUUUUUAGACAAAAAAACUAUUGAUUUAAUAAGUGGGAGAUUUAUUGUUAGGACCGAUGAGUCAUGCACGCGGUACCAAUUUUUUUUUUUUAGCUAUUUCGAGAAAAAAAUCUCAGUAAAUAACAAAUUGAAAAAAAAAAACACACGUGUACAGCAGGGUUCUUUCACUUCUUACAGGGUGAUUCUUUUUUUAUCAUGAACUAGCAAUGUUACCAGACAAUUUUAAGUGAAUUUGAUUUCUGUUUUUUUUUCUCCAUCAUUAUGGAAUCUUUUUUAAUUUUUUAACCCUACUUCUUAUAUCUGAAAUGAGUAUUCAUUUUAAAUUUUCAAAUAGCGACCUUUCACUUUUCUCUCUUUUAAUAAUCACAGAUAUAAAUAGAAAUUAUUUUUCUUGUAAUUAUGAUAUGCAUACAAUUAAUAUCAGAUAUACCGUUUAUGAGUUACAGCAGUUUAAAGUUUAGACCAGAAGAUUAGGAAAGGGUUAUCAAUUUAUCAUUAAAACUAAAUUUGCAAUUUAUUAGCCUAUGGAAUUCUAUUGAGUCAUAAUAAUUAUAGAAACAGAAAUAAUAUUCACCUAAAAUCCACCGAGAAUGGCCGAUUCAUGAUAAAAGAAUCGCACUGUAGUGUUGAAUUCUCCCCACCUUUUUCGUUUGUAUUGAAAUAUUCUUUGUAAAACAAUGUAAAUAACCAAAUCCUGUAAUAAUACCGUAAUUGUAAUACAUACUACAACUGUACUGUAUACUUUAAAAAACGUUGUUAAAUUUGAGCUUAAAAAUGGUGGGGAGUUCAAAUUAAAACCUUUUAAAAGACAUAUCCUUAAUUAUACUAACGCCAUGCAUAAUACGUAUGCAUAUGUCAUUUCCUUUGUUUCAUUUCGGAGGAGGGAGGGCUGCAGUAGGAAUGUUUAGAGCUAAAAAAUAUCUGCCUCUUCGCUCCCGCAACGAAAUGGCGCAGAAAUUUAUAUUGAAACUCAAUUCGACUUUUACUACUUCAGUUCGUCUUUGAAACAAUACAAAUUCUUGAAAUUUGUCUGCUCGUUUAGUCCUGCGAGAGUCGCUAAAAUUAGCGGGAAAAAACACAAUUAAAUAAUGGCGUAAUAGAUUUUUUUUUCGGAAAAUAUUCUAAAAAAACAAAAACCUUAUGUAUACAUUAUAUUAUAAAUACAUUGCGUUAUUAAUUAAUUUUAAUUCAGUGUGGUACCUAAGUACUUUCGUUUAUUUGUGUUAAUAAGUACCUAAACGAAAUGCGUCAAAAAUGUUAUGUUUUUUUGUUUUAGAGAAUUAUUAUGAAAAUUCGAUUUUCUACAGAUAUUUGGAUUCGUGUUCACAGUGGUCCGUCGUUCGUUCCCAAAUAUACUAUUAGCUUAAUUUUAAUCAUAAAUGAGUGUUUGAUAUGUAUUUUUAAUCACUUCCCCCCCUUCCCCCGUUAUCUUGCUUUGGGUCCGCUCUUAAAUUUUAGAUUAUGCAUCAUAUUGGUAAUAAUUUUUAAAGCAAUUGGUAAACGUAGGAAUUAUAUUAUCCUUCAUCAUCACUCAUCUCCAAAGCCCGUGGCCUACACCCAAAUGCGAUUAAAAUAUUAUAUUAUAGAAGUUUUCUGAGAUAAAAAAUUAAUUAAUUUCAACGAGUUAUAUAUAUAUAUAUAUAUAUAAUAUUUAUAUACUAAUCCGUAUUAUGUUUUAAUUAUAAAAAUUCAAUUACCGGGCUAGCGAUGCUAAAAAAUAUUUACAUAACUCUCGGUUUUUAGGCAUUAAAUUAAUAGCACAAAUUGUAUCCGCUGCGGCGAAAGGUGCGAAUAAAAACAGUCGGAAAAAUCGGUGUAAGGCUGGUGAAAAUUUGGCGAUGCCCAUAAUAUUAUGGUAGUGAUAAACAGGAGCGUAUUGGUUUCUGAAUUCCUUUCAAAAAAAUUUCAAUUUUCGGCCAUCGAAAUAACGCGCGAUACCUAUUGAAAAUCGGAAAACCGGUACUGGGAGUUGCAAAAGUAAUGUGUAUGGUCACCCCUACCGCUUUUGCAAUCCUGUUACACAUGAUAUUUUAGUUUUCAUUGGUAAAACCUUCAAAAUCCAUCGAUUUUGUUGUUAUUAUUAACUUUUUUUUACGAAUGAGAGGCACGGGUAAACUAAAAUUAGCACAAACAAAUUAAAUGUUCCGACAUCUAUUUUUUUUGGGGGGGUUUACUAUAUUAUCUAAAUGAUAACUUUUUACAAGGUGAUGUUAUUGCCAUAAAUAGUGGACGGGAGACUUGUGGGACUUAGUCGCCCCCCCCCCGAGUUUCUACAAAUUCCCUUCAGUUCAAAAGUCGGUGCUUUGUACUAAGUAUACGUGACCAAAGAUAUGGAGCCUUAAGCCCUCUCCCAAAAAUAUUUGGUAAUUUGCGAUUAUAGGUGGCGCUACUCAGUAGCGGUAAAAUAAUAAAAUACCCACCCAAUAACAAAAUAUUUUUCUUUUUUUUUUUCCAAAUUUAUUAUUUGUAUUAAAUGAAUAACCUUUAUAUUUCAUACAGUUCGAAAUCACAGUAGUGGCUACUGCGAUUUCCCCGAUUUUUCUACAUUCAUAUAAUAAUAAUAAUAAUACAGCCUUCUAUACAACAUAAGAGCAUCCCUUUAGGUUUUGACGAUUAUUUCGGCCCAAACAAACGGAAUAGGCCGCUCAUAUUAAAUAUUUUCCUGGGCUAAAUUGUUUCCCAGUCCGUAUGUAUACAUAAGGGGUAGGGGUGAGUUUGAAUAAUAAUAUUUCAUUCGCAUUCAGCAGAGGAAAUACGGUCUUCUAUUCGUAUAUAUAUAUAUGUAAGAAUACACUAUAAAUAUAUGCGUAUUGUUUAUUACUAUUAUUUACAUUUGUUUUAUUUCGCCAACGACCCUUGGUCCACGUCAUAUAAGUAAGGUACGUAGGUAUAUAUGCGGGGAGAUUCGUCAUGAAUCAGCGAUUUUCUCAGAAGAUUUUAAGUGACUUUGAUUUUUUUAUUUAUUGCUUUUCAAUCAGACUAUAUAAUAUACGGAAUCGUUUAAGCUUUAUUUUAAUGCUAUUUUCAAUUUGCAUUCCUUAUACCUUAAAUGAAUAUAAACUUUCGAUAUUCAAUUAGAAACGUCCUGUCCCUUUUAAAUACAGUUUCGAAAGAUAAUAUUUUUCCAACAAAUUUGAUACGCAUAACAUUAAUAGUGGGUUAUCAAUGAUAAAUUUAUCAUCUACAAAUUUAUAUAAUAUGAAGUUUAUUGCUACUCUCCGCCGGUCUAGAUUAUAAGAUAGAACGGUUAUGACGGAUAAACGUUAAAUAUGAUAUUUUAGCGUUAAAAAUCGAAUUCACCUCCGAAAAAAUCGCUGGGUCACGAUAAAAGGAUCAACCUGUACAAUUAUCGAAAUCAUUUUACCCAGGUUAAAUGGAAUUUCCUCGAUUGAGCCUUUACCCCCUUCCCGCCCCCGGGUAUUCGCUAUUGUUGCGUAUUAUAUUAUACUAUUUUACGACGACGACGCGACGAUUACUGCCGGGAUUGAAUUUUAUUUUUUACUUUCAGGGUAGGGAGGUGCGAAUUCGCGUAUUAUAUCAUUAUAAAUCUACCGCGACCGAGUUCGUCUCGCGAAAAACGAUGAGCGGCGAGGGAGACGGACGGAAGCUUUUCUCAGCGCGAUCGUGCGAUAAUAGCGCGCAGUUAACCCUCAUAAAUCCCGUAAUAGGUCCCAGCGAGAAAACGACGAAGAAAAAAAACCCGAAUCACCACACCUCCGGGUAUUAUUAUAUUAUACCUAUACUAUAUCGACACAUGCCUGGUAAAAAAAUUGGUGACUUUCGCCCCACCGCAAAAACAAAAAUACGUCCACCACUCAAUAAAAUACAAUUUUUAUUUUGUCAAGUUAAAAUGUCUGAAAAAUUGUCGAUACGUCGAUGUUCAACAUAAACGGUAGAUAGUGGUAUUAAUAAAAGAAAUGAUAAAAACUUGAGUCUUGAUCGUAUAAAUAAACACUGAUUAUUAAUCUUAGUUAAUAUUAUCGUUGUUUCAAUAAUAUUAUUGCUAAUUUACUUAGUGCCAAUAAUUCGCAUUGUUAUAUUGAUAAUAUAUUAUGUUGCUUCUGUAAAAAAAUUUUGUCAUACGCACAAACUAUUAUCCAGAUAAUAAUUUUAAUAUUGACUAUAACUAUAACUAUUAUAACUAUUAACAAUGUAAUAUUGUUAAAAUUACCAAUGAUAAUUUUUUCGGUGUAGUAUAGUAUUUUUUUUUUCUUUAUAAGCGUUCCAAUUUUUCACGAAAUAAUAAAAAUCAUCAACUGCACAUUUUGCGUACGAUAUAGAUCGAUAUACGUAUCGGUAUACCUACUAUUUUUCAAUUUUUGUGAAUUAAAUUAUUAUUCUUUAAGCUCCGUAAAAAUGCUCAACAACCUAUUUUAUCAAAAAAGUUCAUCGAAAUUCGUCUUUUAGUGGUAAACACAAAUAAGGAUGGAUAGUAUCUUCGUCAUAAAUAUCUUAAAUACGUAUCUUAGAUAUGAUUGUAUCUUGUAUCCCUUUUCAUCUUGUUAUUCGAUAAAGUAUCGAGUACCGUGUAUUGUGAUACUGAAAUAAAUGUAUCUACUAUUGAGUAUCUAAAUGCUCAUUUUGAAGUAAUUUGUAUUUAAGUGACUGAUAGGGGAAGGAAAAUCAGAGUCGUUUCCCCCCAUAUUUCAAAAAAUUACAGACAAAAUUAAAAGUGGUUAGACGAAAAAGAGGGAGCUAAUGGGAAUAUUGAAAAAUGUCUUAAAUAAAAUACCAUAUUUUUUAAAUAUGAACAAAAUUGUAAAUAGUUUAAUUUUAAUGUGUUGAGUAUUAUUUUAUAUGGCAACUCUUCUUACGUAAGUAUCUAUAUUUUGCACCCAGAUACAUUGCAAAUCAAUGUAUCUAGUAUCUAGUAUCGAUUAUUUAAAUCAGCGGUCCUCACUACGCGGUCAUUACUAAAACGUCUAAAACAUAAAAUACAUGCAAUCAUAUCUUUUCUUAUUAUUCUUGUUUAUUUUAUCUGUCAAUUUUGAACUUCAACUGAAUUACCAGUUUGAUAGAUAAUUAGGUAGGUACAGGCAAGAAUUUAUUUAAUAAAAAAAAAUACGCUAACGGAGACAUUUUUUUUUCAGGUCAAUAUUGCAAAAAAAUUCGAAUUUAUUUACUGUAUGCGACCUGCGCGUAAUUUUCAAAAAUAAUAAUUGGUCUUUUUAGAAUCUUAGUGGUGACAGCUGAUCUAAAUACUAAUUUUGAUGUAUUUUGCUUGUCCCUAAAAAAAGAAAAAAGAACAUUAAUAUCGUUGAUUAUUUGUAUAAAUAUUUUAUGAUAAUAUUCGUUAAAAAUACGAACAAUAUUUUAAUAUCAUUAUCUUGUAGUUAUAAAACGAAAUCAAAUAAUAUUCAAAUAUAUCAAAGUCAAACUACGUUCAGAAUUGUAUUUUUUUUUUUAAAAUGUUGAGUUAAUUAUUACCGCGUUAUUCCUCCGUUCUAAUGGACAGACACGUCUUCGUUUUCUCAAUGAGGCUGAAUUUAAUCAGCUACUAUCCCGGCUUUGGUUCAAAAUUAAAAUACUAUAAUUUCACUUACUCGUAAUGUGUUAUUAUUAAAUCGUAAACCCGGUGGCGUAUUAGCUUUCCGAGUUAAUUCAGCACCAAGUCGAUUCUGAUUGGUCGAUUUGAAUUCAUCCGGUUUACCUAUAAUAACAAUAAUAAUAAUAAUAUUACUAUUAUUAUUAUUUUAUUUCUUAUCAUCUCUUUCACACAUCAUAUUAUUUGCACACCGUAAUCCAGUGCACUAUUUGUAGGCGUUUCAGUAUAACCGCCAAAUAGUUCGGUUUCACGGGUAAUAUUUCGAACACACCACAAUAACUGACAAUGUCGGGUACGAACCGUUUCGAGGGCUGUCAGAUUGAAAUUUCUCGGCCGUCGACAAUACCGGCUUACAAUGCGGUAAACACUAUACGAGUAGUAUUUAUACCUUAUAGCAAUGGUUGAAGUCGGAAAAACUUCGAAGGAGCAACUACAUUUACCGACAAUUGAGAAUCGACUAACACCGAGAACUAACUAAACCAAACCGAACUUUCAGGAAACCAAUUAUCCUACGCAUAUGCCUGCUCAGUAAAAAUAAAGUGAAACAGUGUCUGUUUAUGUAUAAUCUGUAAUAAGUAUUAAAUAAUUUAUUUUUAUUAAAUUUAUUCGAAUUUUUACAAUUGCAUAUAAAAUAUCUCCGUGACAAUAACUUCGGAGUCCCUAGGACUCCGAAGAUUAAAACUGAAUUAGACUAAUAAGUUUACCAUACAAAUAAAGAGAUACUUCGUUAUCCCUUCCGCAUCCCUGUCACUUUAACUAAUAACUUUUACCUAAUACACCUAACAUUUUUUUUUUUUAGGUAGGCAAUCUCAAAUUUGUUCACGUAGUAUCUCAAAAAAUACGGAAUUUUUGCCCGGUAGUAUUAUUUAUUUGAAAAUUUGAUCGAAGUUUUCAAACAGAUCAGGUUGUAGAUUAAACUUAAGUAUAAAUUAUAAUACAUAAAGAGUUAUUUUCGUAAUGUCCUAAAUCAUACCGUAAAUAAAACAGAUGACCGCGCGUCAUUUGAUUUCCAAAUAGUUAUAUUAUUGAUAUAGCUGAUUUAUAAUAUUUAGAAAAUUUAUUAUUCAAAAACAAUACACUUAAAAUUAAUUAUUAUUUGCUGACUGAAGACUGAUAAAAAAAAAAAAAUAUAGACAUUAAAUAAAAUUAUAUUACGAGCUGCCGUAUUAUUAAUUUCAAUGACCACCGAAAUUCUCAAUUCAAUCAUACAAUAAUAAUUAGAAAAGUAUAAUAUUCUCGACGACAUAAAGGAUUAAUUAUUAUUUAAUUAAUCCUACGCACCACUUAAACCAUUUAUUUUAAAUUUGUUGACGCAUUAGGUUAUUGCCGAUUAUUAUAUAUCAUUAACGUUAUUUUUACAGCCAUAGUCACCGGAAACAUGAUCUGGGAUGACCGAAUCUAUAGAUCCCGUUGAAACCAUUUUUAUCGUAGUAUUUUUUUGACUUUUAAAUGUACUACGCUUAUUCCUAAUAGUUUUUCGAACGAAAAUGGGGGUCCGAAAGUAUUAUAAAAGAAUCAUAUUCUGUCAUCAUCUACUACCAUUAUAACUAUACGGACGCUGUCUCUGUGAUAGUUACAUUGAAUAUCACAAUAGUAACUUCAAAAUUUAGAAAUUGUUAUAUUAUCUCGCUUAAAAAUGAAAAUAUCCAACAAAACCGACGUAUUGAAGCAAUAUUGAACUUAGAUAAUGUUAUGACCUUUAAGUUUGGCCAAUAAUUCAAGCUAAUAUUAAAAAUAAUGGCACGAAGGGUCAUAAUAAACGUACCAUUUUCUAUGACGUGCAUUUGUAAGACGGACAAAGCAAAUGAAUAAUGAGUACGUAUCGUCUUCUUAAAUGAUUAUAUAGUCUAUAGACAAUAACGUGUAUCGAAAACUUAAUUAAUAUAUAAACUAAUAUUGUUCGUACGUUUAACUAUUUAGAGUACUUCAUCCAAUUAUGCGUACACGGUGUUAGAUACUUAAUAUUACAAUGGCGUGCAGUAUUCACUGUCGUAUAUAUAUAUAUAAUACUUGGUCUACUUAGAUUACUUCUUCUAUAGUGUGUGUGCAAUACUUAAAUGAAAUAAAAUGACAUAAUCGAACGUAAUUCUACUAUCGCACAAAACUAUACUAGUUUUUUUUUUUUUUUUUUUAAUACACGUUAUUUAUGCCGUACUUCUAUAGUGGUUGGGUUCCAAGUUUUACAUUUUAAAGCCACUGUGUAUUGGAUGUGACCGUUUGAACUCGGGAUAACGACGAGUAUAUUGGAAAGGAAAUUGAGGGCUUUCGAAUACCACAAGUUAAUUAUUUUUUGUGCCAUGUAAAACCGCAUAUUGUCUGUCUUUCCUGUACAUAAUAAUAUGUCAUAUUCAAUAUAUUCCUCGAAAACGGCUGUCAUUUACGGCAAAGUUAUAAUAAUAUAUGUCUAUGGAUAUGAAACCGGUGACUAGCUUUAUCAAAUAUCAGUGGCCUCAAUGCCUAGUUCAUGUGUUGCGUCGAACAAAUAAUCACUAAUUGAAUAGACACCGUAACGAGUAAAGGCCGCGUUAAAAGCUCAGAAUAUCAAAACAUGUAGGUUCUUGUUUGAAAAAAUAAAGUUUUUAUCACCACGAGGAUACACAUUAAAUGUUGUGAAAAAUAAAAAUAUCACUGCGUUUAAAAAUUCCAAAAAUAAAUAUUUGAAUUCAUGCAUAAUUUAACAAUAGAAAUGGAAAUGAGCCUACUUAGAAAAUCAUUCUGUAUAUAAUAUCUUUGGUUAUAUAUAAAAAAAAAAAAUAAUAAUAGUUCAUACAAUUAUUCUUGUUUCCCACCCACCCCAUGAUGAAAGCAUUUUACCGCCACUAUUGUGAGAGUGCUAGUUGCAAGGUGUAGCAAAUUUAAUAUAGGUAUUAUGGGUGUCGUGAUAUUACAGCAGUGGCCGAAACUCUUAUCGAGCAAUAAUAUUAUAGUUACGCCGGGACAAGAAGUAAAAAAUUAUCAAUCGCGUAUUUUUGUUUUUUUUUUUUUUUUGUUUUUAAAAUUGAUAAUUUUAAUUACUGUAAUAUUAGCAGUUUGUUUAUAAUAUAGGAUUACAAAUUUUAAAGCGUUGGCCCACGCGAUAAAAGAUAAAAGAGAAAAAAAAAGAAACAAAAAAAAAACAAAAAUAGUUUACCAACAAUUUAUCGAAUUAUGUCCCAUUGAUCGGCUCCGCCGUCGCCGUCUCCAUUGUCACGUCGUCAUCGUUCGUUUCGCGCGCAAAGUUUUUUUUUUUCAAAGUUUUUAAGUUGUCGGCCAACUUCCACGAUAUAUAUUAAUAAUUCUCUGUACCCGCGUGGUGUAACUCUCCGCGAAUAUUUCUAUAAUAAUAAUAUAUUAAUCGAUAUAAUAACCGCUGUAGAAUUAUUAUUAAUGUUUCGGUGAUUUCAAAAAAAAAAAAAAAAAACCUUUUAAAAAUGCCCGCGCACAAAUAAUAAACCGAAAUCAACCCGACCCCUCCGACUCGUUACGACCAAUGAAAGAAUAUAGUACCUGCUAUAAUUAUUAUUAUUAUACGCGUGUGAUUAAUAUUUCGCGUAUCGAAAUAAUUUCGGAAAUUCACACUCGCGCUCUACAAAAGAGGGGAGGAGGGCCGCCCGGCUAAGUGUUUACAGCGGCGGCUUUUAGGUGUAACAUUGCAAAAGCGUACACCUAAAUAGUUAAUCAUUACCGUAAUAACGAUUACCGUGGUCUCCUGCACGUCUCCCGAGACGAUAUUCGCGUGAAAACUCCCGGGAGUAUACCGGCGGCCCGUUUAAUAAAUCGCCGAAUUAUAGUGACCGGUGAGAUAAUACUUACGAAACCAUGUAUAUAACAUUAUGAAAAACCAUUAAGCGGCCGGAAAAUCCGUUCGGAUUGAGUUCCCGCGUCUUUAUUGCCGCGGCGGCAGAGGAUUUUUUUUUCAUUUAUUUAUACUAUGGAUACGAAAAUGUUGAAAAUAUUAUAAUCUGUCGUCGUCGGUAUACGCGUAUUAUAAUACCUAGCUAAACAAUAACAAUAAUAUAGGGGGGAGGCGGGCGAUGACCUUUUUUUUUCCUAGGCCUUUGCUUGGACGGAAUAAUUGACGAUUUAUGCGUAUUCGCUCUUUUCAUUAUUAUUAUUAAUAUAAUAAAAGGAAAUGCGGUUUCUCGUUUUUUUUUUUCUGGUCGAAAUAAAUCUAUUUUUAUGGCUCGUGAUGUGCAUAAAAUAAGUACAUUGCAAAACAAAACGACCAACGGAUUCGUAAAAAAAAAAAAAAUAAACGUACGCGUAAUUUUGAUUUUUUUUUGAAUCUCAAUUUUAUUUGUUUAAAAAUGUUACAUACGUUUUUAUAUACGUUUGAUACCUUUAUUUAUAUUUUUUUUCUCGAAAUAAAUGUAUAUGAAUAUAACGCAUAAGUGGAAUUUUUUCACAUAAAUGUAAUUUUGAGACACCCAUCAAAAAAAAAAUAAAUAAAUAAAUAAAUACUUUUCAUGAUAUGUAUGUUUACCAUUUAAUUAUUUCGUUUAUUCACAUGUAUAUGUUUACAAGAUGAAAAUAUCACUGUAAUAAUAGUGGCUUUUUUUAUUAUUUUAGCAAAAAAAAAAAAAAAAAUGUAUACCCGUAAUGAAUUAUGUUUUUUCAAAAAAAAAAAACAUAAAGACGAUAGUGUUGUUUAAGUGUAAAUUAGAAAACACAUUAAGAAUAAUAACCGUUAAUGCCUACCUCUUUGGACGACUGCGGGUUGGAUAAAGGGACUGUUGCCUUCUUCCUCCAGGAUUUUCAACUGUAUAUAUUUUUAUCAUACAUAAUGACACAUCAAUUUAUCCCAAUAAUAUAAAAUAUUUCUGGAAUAAAACAUUUUCUCCCGUUUUUACUCGGGUAGGAUUUUGUUCAACCGGCACGCUUGAGAUAGGAUACUAUAAGGCCCGGAUUUUUUUCGUGUCGUAACUACGUUGGAUUGGUGUAGGUGAACGGCAGUGGUUUUGGCGUAUUUCAUCUAAAUAAUAAUAUAAAUUAAUGGAAUUAUGUAAUAAAAAAACAAUUCAAAUUUGUUUCGUAUUUAAUCAAGCAUGAUGUGACAAAACGGGGUCAUAGGUAUAACUUAUCAUUGUGAAUACCGUGUUAAAUUUUCGAGCAUUUUUGUCUUACUAAAACAAUUUUAUCCAUAUUGAACAAAAAACAACAACAAAAAAAAAAACCUCUUGAAAACUUCUAAUGUCGACAAAUAGCUAUGAAAUCGCCAACACAUAUUUGAAAACUGUGUCACUUCUAUAAAAUGCUUUUAGUAUUUUGUGAGAAUGUCAGGUCUCCACGGUUAUUUACUACCGAAUUAUAACGAAAAAACGAAAUCGAAAAUAACAGAGACCGUUAUCGAGGUGAUUAGUGUUUAGCUCGUGUUCUUCUUAUCACUAAUAAUAUUGGAUCGUUCGCGGUGAUAAAAGAAUCUCUGAAACGUACCUUCCCAACGUGCCUACCGGACAAAAAAUUUGCCAAUUUUGAAAAUUACCCGCGAAGUCACCGAUCGGAGAUUUCUGGUACUUACAAAAAAAAAAAAAAAUAAUAAUAAUAAAAGUCGUACGUGAACGAAAAAGGAAAACAAAAAAAACUCUACGUUUUGAUGCUGUAUAAUACCACGUAAACGCGAUCCGCGGAACACCGACACUGCGAACGCUUCCGUUCGGCCGAAACGUAUUCGUUUCGAAAUUGCCGGGGACGGAAUUAUAAUUGCGUGAAUCGCGCGAAAAACGAAAAAUAAAGUCGAGCGAAAGUACACUACGGGGGUCGAGGGUAGGUUAGGUAUAUUAAUUUAACGGUAAUAGAAAACGCGCGGACCGGACGGGAGAAUUAAUGAAUUUCGUAUCUCCGAAUUUAUGUGAGUACUAAACUAUCGGUGGUAUACCUGUGCGCUGCGUACGCUGUCGUGUAAAUACGGACGCUGCCAAGUCGGUUUUCGGUUUGUAUUCAGUCGGGCGUGUUUGCCGCGGCUAAUGUCGUCAACCUCGCCCGAGCGCUUCCCGGCCGGAUCGCUUCCUGGCGAUUUGUAACGGGGAAAUUUCGGUACGUCCGACAGACGGGGAAAAAAAAAAACAAAAUUAAAAAAUGAAUUUAAAUUAUUUCACUAUUUUACAUGUGCAUACAUAUAUGUAUUAUAUGUACACUAUGUAUUAUAAUUGUUUUACAUUUUGUAUAGGAAUUCACAGAGCCGAACGCAUACGCGGCGUAUCCCGAGCACGUUGUACGUAUGUACGUAUUAUAGUCAACUAGCACUUAGCUAAUCGUUCUCGCCGGCAAAUACUGGCGCGAGACGUUCGAAAUUCUCGUUCCAAUUAUGUACCGAAACGCUGCUGUUAAGUUAAUUGCAGCGCGGGGCACGUAUAUUUUCGUUUUCUUUCAGUAAUACAAUUGUCGGGUUAAAUUUAAUCUCCUAUAAGAAUAUGUUAUGAAUGUAUAAUUGACGCCACGCGUGACGUAUAUAGUGAUAUUAUGAUGACGUUUAUACAAUACGAGCAAAUAUUAUACUCGGUAUACAAUGUGUAACAAAUGUGUUAUAAUAACGUAUAAUAAUUUGAAGAAAUUCGCCGUAUAUAUUAUGAGUGGUUUUUUUUUCAACUUACAAAAAAAAAUAAAUACAUUUAUUUAUAUACACGAUAUAAAAUCUAAUAAAAUGAAAAGAAAAAAACAACAACAAUUUCAAAUGACUAUGCAUAUAGUGUUCAAAACUCGCCACAUCGUUUGGAAAAUUGUACCAACAAAUGCCAAUAUAUAAGUAUUCGGUGAAUAUUUUACGUCUCGACAGUCAUUUUCGACCGAAUUACAAUCAAAUAAACAAAAUUAAAAAUACUACGGAAACCGUUAUCAGGAAAACUAUAAAGAAAAUCGAAAAACAUAGAUACCGACUAGAAAAAAUUUGCUACGAUAAGUUUUCUUGACGUUUUUCAUUUUUUUUCAUCUUGUCAUUAGGUAAAGAUUUAUGAAAAUUAUUUAAUGUCGACACGCAAUAAAACAUAAAAAAAUACAAAUCACAGUAAAACCAUUAUUACAUUCCUCGUCUUCAUCGCUAAGGGUCAGACCGAAAUGUUCGAAUCGCACAUUUUACUUAAAUUAAAUGGUCGAACUGUACUUAGGUCAAUGAAGGAUUGAAACAGUCAUUCUCUUUUCGUUUACACGUCUCAGACUGAUAAUGCUUUGAGAGCAUUUUUUUGAGACAGCGCAAUCCUAUAUUAUAUUAUUAUGUUACAUUUUAAACGUGGUUUCUUAACAUAUGUUUACAAAAAUAAUAAUGAUAAUAAUAAUAAUUUGAUAGUUCAAAAAUGCUUUAAAUUACCUAUAUAUUCGUAAACUAAGAAAGUAACCACGUAAAUGUAAUUAAAAUGCUGGUUGGUGGAAGAGAAAUUAGUGUUUCCUAAAAUUUUAAAUUUUGUUUGAUUUUUCGAUAUUUUUGUUGAAACGCCUUUCUGGAACCUAGUGCAGUUCCAACAUAACGUUUGUUUAAUCCAAAUGUAGUUUGAACAUAAACUUUUUUUUAUUUUUUUUUUAAAAUACAAGUGCAAUAUUUGACUUAAAUAAUUGGAAUUGGACCUUAUCCGUUCAGAGUUUAAACAAAACGUUCGCUCGUUGACUAUGGCAUUUUAUAUAAUGUACACUGUUCACUAGCACAACUAGUAGACAAUGCGCCAUUUUCAACCUGAGAACUAUUGUACUUAUAUUAUGUCAUAUUUCUUGAAAUAUUCGUAAAAAUAGGUAUUACAAUGUAUUUAAAACUAUAGUAUCUGUAUUUGCCACUAGAGUGUGUGGUUUUGCAGCAUACGUGGUUUUCCGGUGUCUACGCCUGCACCGAAUCGCUUUUUCAUUAUUUACCUAUAACAGUUAUCGUACCCUAACCUACCGUAGGUAUCUUAAAUAUAACGGUAAACAAGAGUAUGUUUAGCUCAAAGUUAUUCAACGAUAAUAAUAGUAAUAAAUUAUGAUAAUUAUUGGAGUCGACUCGGUGGAGGUUAUGUUAUUGUGCGCGUUUUAGAAAAUUAAAAUCCUCCGUUAACCGGCGGCUGAAAAACAAACGAAAAUUUACAAGGAAUGAGUUGCUGCUGCAGGAAACUGCCAAAAGUAAACAUUUUACUACAGAGAAUAUUUAACAUUUUUUUUUUCUAUUAUAAAAGCUUUUUAUUAAAAUAUAUAUUCGUUUUUAUAAUAUUAGACUUGUUGUAUACGACGUGCGAAUACUAAAAAAGGCGUAGUAUAUUAAAAAACAAAAAAUACUUUAUUAUUAUUAUUAUUAUUAUUAUAUAUAUAUAUAUAUGUUUUUAUAAAUACUCCGAACUAUAUACAACAAAAUAAUGUAGCUAUUAAAAAAAAAAAGUGCCUAUCUAAAUUAAUGAAUUUUCUAAUAAAUACAUUUUUUUUUUAACUUAAACCCUUGUAAAAAAAAAAAAAAAAACUAUAAAACGUUUUUAGUUUUUUACCCGUUUUGAAAUAACGACCGUUACUUGUAAAAAUAUCCAAACAUAUUCAAUUAUUUUUUAUUCGCGUAUAAAUUAUCUAAAUUUGCCUAACUAUGUAUAGGAUCUUUUAACAAUAUCGAUGAAUAAAUUUAUUUAUUCAAUUUAUUUAUUUAAUAAAAUAUAUUUUGAUAUUUCGAAAAUUUCAAAUAUUUGUAAUUAUUGAAAUAUUUAUAAUUUAUCUGUACAGACUGUUAAAUUACGCUGAACUCUAUAUUUUGCUUAUUAGCACAACUUUCGUUGAAUGCCGUGUACAAUUUUCAAACAUGUCUGCUCGGUACACCUAUUAGAUAGAAUUUGCUUUCGGAAAAGACGCUACAGUUGAAAAUCAAGGAGAAAAAACAGAUCAUAGUUGGAAAAUAUUUGCUCGGUACCUUAUUUUUGUGGAAUGUUUUUUUUUGAAAAAUAAUAUCGGAAAUGUAUUUUGAUCGAACUGAAUUUUGAUGGAGCCAUAUUUAUCGGAAACGCAUUUUGUCGAAAAAAUAAUAUUUUGAUAAUGAUAAAUGAUAAAAAUGAUGUUACGAUGUUAUAAAAGUAAGUAAUAUUCUGUGGUCUAUAUUGUGUAUACGGUACCGAAUAAAUAUGAUACCGAGCAAAUAUUUUCCCCACAAAAUACGUUUCCGAUAAAAUACGGUUCGCUGGCCAAAUAUUUAUCCGACAAAAUAUGUUUUCAAUAAUAUACGUUUUAAUUCACGUUCAUGAAAAAUACAUUUCCGACUAAUUAUAAUUUUACCAAAAUACGGUUCCUAGUAAAUAUUUUUCAAUUUAUUACGCGCUUCCUAUUCCUCGCUGUGCUCAAAAUCUAAACCAGUGGUUCUGAACCGGGGCAGGGGAAUUUCCUCUUCCUUAUAAGGGAUUCAGAUACUACACGGGGGAAUAUAGUAUCGAUGAAAUAACGAGAAAUUUGUUGUUAAAAUAAUCAUGCUAAUUAUGAUUUAUUAUCAGUUAAAUUGAAAACAUUACAUUAAUUUUAGUUGUAUAAUGUAUAAUAAAUAGUUAUUUUGUAAAAUUAAUUUGUACGGCUCACUAAAAAAUAAUAAGGUCGCCUAAUUGGUUGCAUACGAACUGAGUCCCGAUAAAACCUUUCAAGAUGAAUAGAGCAAGUUUUUUAGUGUACACUAAUUGACUCCCUUGAAAUUUUAGCUAUAAUACUAGUUAAGACCAUUUUUCAAUACUAAAAUACUGAGUCCCAUCAAACUUUUUUAAAAAAACGUCAAAAUUACAUUUUUAUAUCGGUAAAAUGUAUUAUGAUAUGAAUAAUUUAAAUGCUACUUGUGUAUAAUUGAAUGAAUAUAAAAUAAAAUGAUAGAAUUAUAUUUAAAAAAAAAAAAAAAAAAAACUUUUAUUUCUUUCACUUAACAUAACUUCAUCCAUGGUGCUCGGUGUAUUUUACAAACUAAAAUUUAUAAUAUAAUGAUAUCGGUGAACAGUAAUUAUUAUAAAACUAGCGGCUGUAGAAAUAAAAUCUAACGUUCCCGGCAAUAACAGUAAUAACAUAAUUUUUUUAUUGGCUGCAUACGAACUGAGAUUAUAUUAUCUGAAGAGUCUUAAAGAUGAUAUAUACGAUGUCACGUAGUCGCCUCCAUAUUUGUAUAUUGUGGUUGAUUUUAUAUUUUACUCAAAAUAAUCUUCGGACUCGAUUAGUUAUAUUUUUGGUUUCCCCACCGGGGACUCAGUAAGUAUAUUUCUCGUUUAUACCCGGGACUCAAUUCGUACAUUAUUUUUUCUCCUUUCAAGUAUUAACACUCAAUUAAUAUGCAGCGGUGUAAUCUAAUUUUUUGGGAGGGAAAAAGGGGGGUGAGAUUUUAAAGAAAUGUGCAAAGGUGGCACAGAAUAAAAAAAGGUUGGGAACCACUAAUCUAAACCAAAAAAAGAGCUGAUACUGAGACGGCUAUGCCACUGUGUUAAAUGGAGAGUCAGAACGAUAGGAUACACAAAUGUUUUUAAUGUAUACCUGGAAGGAACGAUAAACCAUUACCAAUAAAAAACGAUUAGGAGCGAAACUCGAUUGACCACUAAUUAUGACUUAUAAUGAACUUUCUGUCAAAUUUUCAAUCAUUUCUGUUUAAUCAAACAAUUUUAUCCACACAUUACCUAUAUUACUACAUACAAAUUAUGUAAAAAUCUCGCAAAAUUGAAAUGUCUAUAAAUAGUUCAAAAGUGGCUUAAAUAUUUUGAAAAUUUCAUCAAUUUUAAAAAAAGAAAGUUUCAUUCAAAAUAUCAAAUUUUUGCGAAUAUUUUUAACUGAAAUACAACAAAAAACACGAAAUUGAAAAUAUAGUAUUAUUUUCGUAAAUUUUCUCAUUCUUUUUCCUUUUUUUUCUUUAAGUUUUGCUUAAUUAUUUAAAAUAAAUACAAAGAAAAUCGAAAGACGAAUUAGUAAAUAACCUGAAAUAUAAAAAAUUCAAUAAUAAAGGUUUCUUUUCGUUUUUCUAUUGAAGCAAUAUUUCUGGUGGAAAACAUAGUUAGUAAAAAUUAAAAACAACGAAAUAUGGCGUGCCGUAAAUAUUUGCUGUUUUACCUAUAAUUUUCUUUCAAAAAAAAAAAAAAAAAAAAAAAAAAAAAAAAAAAAAAUAAUCAAUACACAUCAUAAUAAAAUGAAUAUUGAAUUUUUAAGCCUGAAUGUGACGGCCUACUAAAGUAUCAAGUGUCGGUUAACAUUUAAGCCAAUAAUUGUGGAUAAAAUUCGCAAGGGGAAACGCAGCCCGCCUCUCCGCCUACAAAUGGCGACCCUAUAGUGUAUCGAGACACAGUGAUUCGACACCAUUAGAGGGUUUCCGACAUCUGGGAUAUCAAAAAUAGCACGGUUCUUAUAUUUUCUAAAUAUUAUGCUUGUAUUACCGCGAGUGUAUACAUGUAUGCAUAUAUGUGUGCAAGCACGAAGCACACGAAUAUAUUAUUUAUGCACAAUACACUAUUAUUAAAUAUAUUGGGUAUAUCAAAGCUUUGAACCCUCGAGACGUCAAAAGUAUACGCGUCGUGUCCUAUGACAUGGUACAAAAUCGUGUGCGUUGUUGUUACUGAAGGUAAUUCUAGAGCAUGUAUUUUUUAGGUACUCGUAAUUUGGUUUGGUUUGGGUUUUUUUUUUAUUUUUUAUUUUUCGUUUUUAGACGCACUAGACACGCGUUGUUUUAUUAUUUUAUGUUCAAAGUUAAAAUUAGGUUUCACGAAAAUUUCGCGUUUUUCGUUUUAACUAUAAUAAUAAUAUCGCCGUCUACACAGUGUUGCCACAGCGAUACCUCGUAAAGUUUGUUGCGUUAAAAUAAUAAUAUAAAUUUGACGAUCACUCCUAGGUGAAUCCUCCACUCUUUGUCACUCGUCUCACCCCGCAGUUGGAAUAUAUAAAACGGAUUUUUUCGUUUAAAAUUUUUUUUCUAUAGAAAACAUCGGAAAGUAUAUUAUACAAAACCAGCUACCAAAUGUUUGCAUUUACCCUGCAAAUAACAACAAUACGCGUAUAAUGCCUAUAAUCGUAAUAAAAUCAAUGCGGUAUUUUUAAAAGGUUUCGGGUCUAAAACCAUCACCACUGCGGUCGAUCUGCGAGUAGAAAAUAGAACAAAAUCAAUAUAAAAUGGGAGAGGGGAGGAAAAACCGUCGCCGUGCUUUAACUCCCGACCGCCUCAAUAAUAUUUUAUAGGUAUUGCGACGUGAUCGUACUGGCCGUAGUUAGGUGCAUUAUAAUAUUUUCGAAAAUGUAAAAGUAUAACGCAGAGUUGAAAUAGUGUCGAAAAGACCGUGACCCGGUGUGAACGAUACAUAGUCAAGUGGGCGGGGAGAAGACACAGUUCCACUCGAAUCCCGGAGAAAAUAAAAAGAAAAAAAGAAAAUAGAUGUACUCUAGUGUAACUCGUAUACAAUCGUGUAAAAAAAAAAAAAAAAAAAAAAACGCUGUCGAAAUUAUUAUAUUUUUGGUUUCAGAGAAGAAGGGCUUACAAUACAAUGAAUUUAUUUUUAAAAACGAGUACAUUUUUUAUGCCGUUAAGAUAAAAAAGUAAAAGAGAAAUAAUUAUAUAAGACAAAAGUGAUAAAUACAUAUAUGUAAAAUAACUACCAAAAAUUGACCUAAGCUCUUGUCCUCGCAGAGACCGAAGAUUUACAUAUAAUGCUGUCAAUUUUUAGCGAAAGUGAUUGUUUUUUUUUUUUUUUAUUAGCCUAUUAUAUUACACAAUAAUAAAUAAAUAUUGAAUAAUAUUAUUCGAUAACAUUGUAAUGAAUAUGGAUUUCGAUAUGCUUGCCAGUGUAUGCAAGUAAACGCGCGUAGGUGUUAAAUUAUCAUUUAUACAAGCCAAAAUCGAAGUAUUUGCAACCUAAUACGUACCUAUACAUUUCGGUAUCUAAGUUUUUUUGUUAUUUGUUUUAACAGCAAUGUAUUAUAUGCCUGUCCAUAUUGGCCUAUACCUCCCCUAAGCGUUGGGUAUGCUCUUGGAUUAUGCGUUACGGUAACUAUAAGACGACAACUAAUAUAACGUACUAUUAUAACGAUAAAAAUAUAUAAUAAACGCGAUUAGUACAAAUUGAAUAACACGCGAUUUAAUUUGCCCGUCGUCGUCGUCGUCGUCAUUGUACAUUAUUCAUCCCCCGAGUCGUUGCGUAUAGUAACAAUAUUAAUCAGGUAAUAACUAUAUCAUUUUUUAAGCGAUAUUAUUUUUAUUAUUAUUAUGGUUCGUGCGCAGACUUGUAAAAGAUAAUUCGUUUAAAAAAUAAUAUGGACGUUGCGUUUAAAAAAACAAAUUGAUUUAAAUUAUUCGUGUAUAUUUGAGCGCGAAUACACAGAAAUAUAUGUAUUUUCAGAAAAAAAAAAUCAAAACCUAAGUAUAGCAGGUACCUACAAUGUGAUGUCAAGUGUAAUUAUUUGUACAAACGUAUUUAAAACAUAUUUUUAUUUGCGAAUAAUUUACAAGUCUGUAAUCGAGCGGUUUAUUAUUAUUAUUAUAACCGCCUUCUGUGCGAGUUUUACGGUACCUAUAAAUCGAAAUCACUACAGGUACUGGUUACCGGGGAGUGAACGCGCUGAUCGAUUCCGCGGCGGGCGCGAAGUACGCGACGGCGGGCCGCUUGGACCGGGUUCGCGGCAUGUUGGACGGCGGCAGCGAGACGAUGGCCGAAUUGUUACGGCCCGUCGAACCGCUGGCCGUUUUGUGCCACGGCGACUUUUGCCGGAACAACCUGCUGUUCCGGUACGACCCGGCCACCGGGCAGCCGGCAGACGCCACGAUGUUUGACCCCGCACAGGCCCGGUACGCGUCGCCCGCCGUCGACCUGUCGUUCUUCCUGUUCAUGAACACCACGGACGCCGACCGGACGGCCCUGUGGGACGACUACGUGGCCGCCUAUCUGGCCGGAGUCGCGGACGUUCAGCCGCCGGCCGGCGAUGGCCGCCCGGCGCCGCUGACCGCCGCGGACGUAGACGCCGAGAUGCGGGCGCACGGUCUGUACGGUUACGCGCAAUGUUCGUUCUUCCUGCCCGCCAUGGUGGACACCAGACCGCCGGACGUGGAGCGGCUCACCACUUGCACUGACGACGAGCGCAUCGAGCUCAUCAAUGAGUCCGGCGGACCGGAAGCGGACAGGCUGCUCGCUUCCAUCGUCAGACACAUGGCUGACCGCCAGUACAUUUAAUACAACUGCGGUUUCGUUUUACAUUAAUAUUCACAGUUGGAUGUACUUGGAUACGAAUUAGUGUUUGAAAUUCAACCAUGUACCCUAUAAUUUUAUUAUUAGAACGAUUUUCUCGGCGCCCUUCAGAUUCGCCCUAUAUUAUAAUGUAAAAAUUUGUGUUGUAUUGUGCAAAUGUUCGCCGUUAUUGUUAUAUUGCGUUUAUCGAUUAAAAAAAAAUUAGAAAAAAAAAAAAAACCGUGAAAUUUAACGUUUAAUGUAUUUUGUGUGUUUUUGUCGAUGGAUAGUAACUAUUGCAUAACAUUGUGUCUAUUUUAUAUGCA